AUGCCUCACGCCGAUGCCUCAUACUUCUUCCCCGGCUCUUCCAAGGCCGAUAUCUACCAGCAAGUGCUAGACCAAGCAGAGGGUCUUCUCUCAGGACAACGCAAUUGGGUCAGCAACCUCUCUAACGUCUCUUCCCUUCUCUGGCACGCCUACGCCGCCCUCCCCGCCCCCUCCUCCUCCGUCAACUGGGCCGGCUUCUACAUCCGCGAUGACAAGUUCCCCGCCCUCGCCUCGCCCAUCUCCUCUCCCCCUCUCAGCGGCACAGACGGCGUCCCCGGCGUAACAAUCUCCACCACAUAUGCCUCCCCCGAAAACCAGGUCCUCCUCCUAGGCCCCUUCCACGGCAAGCCAGCUUGCCAGGAGAUCCGCUUCGGCAAGGGCGUGUGCGGCACCGCGGCCGCAAACCAAGAAACUAUUAUUGUGCCAGACGUCAACGAGUUCCCGGGACACAUUGCUUGUGACGCCGAGAGCCGGAGUGAGAUUGUUGUUCCGAUUGUUAUUCGUGGAGAGACUGUUGCUAUUAUUGAUAUCGACUGCACUGAGCCUUCUGGCUUCGAUGACGAGGAUAAGAAGUACCUUGAGCUCCUUGCUGAGAUCUUGGGUAGAAGCUGCGACUGGUAG